AUGGGGCGCCCCUGGCAGCGCCCUUUGCCGCUGCUCCUCCUUCCGGCGCUGCUGCUAAGCCCGGGCGCCUCGGCAUGGGGAGGGUGGGCCCCUGCAGCGGCUGCCCCUAGGUUUGCGGUGGUGCCUGCGGCGCAGGCACGCGAGGGCCGAGGCCACCUGGACAGCCUGCAGCAGGGUGCUGGCACCGAGGGCUUCCUGGACCGCGUGCUGGGCACCAACUGCUUCUCGCAGGCGGUGGCACAGCUCACCGCCGACUGCCGGCGCAUGGAGCAGGAGGCCAAGACGCGGCUGGCGCUCAGCCUCAUGAACUGCCAGCUGCAGGUGCAGCAGGCGCAGACGUACCCCUGCCACCGCCGCCACACCAUCAAGGAGUGCACCGAGGGGCUGUCCGACCGCGCACAUGCACUCUUUGUGGAGUUCCUCACACACGCCGACAGCAUGUGCCUGUACAUCCAGAACCAGAACUUUGAGCGGUACACAGAAAACAUGCUGGACAGGCUGGCGGAAGGGGCGGGGUACGCGCGGGACCAGCUGGCGCUGGUGGCGCGGACCACGGGGCAGCUGGGCAAGGACACGGCGGCCCUGCAGGCCAAGGCGGAGGCGGCGCUGGGUCUGCUGCACCAGCAGCAGGAGCUGGAAGAGGAGUCGCUGAGGAUGGCGAGGGAGGCGCGGGCGGAGUCGGCGGCUUUCUUCCAGAGCCUGGACGCCAAGCAGCAGCGCAACCUGGACCUGCAGGCGCGCGCCCCGGCUCCCUGGCUCGCACCUCCUCGCGCUUGCCGCCGGCGCCACUGCCGUUGCCACUGCUUCUCGUCCUCUGCGACAAGUCUGCCGCUGAACGAUGCGGCCAUCAAGCGGCAGCAGGCGCUGGAGGUGGGGCAGGCGGCCACGCUGCGGCUGCUGGAGGAGGCGGAGGGGCACAUGGGCGGCCUGUUUGAGCUGGUGGAGGGCCGCGCGGCGGACCUGGCGGCGGCGGCGGGGCGGCAGGCCGAGGCGCAGCGCCAGCUGGCGGGGGAGCUGGGCGGCCUGCUGGACAGCAGCCGCAGCAUACGGUCGGCAGUGGAUGUGGUCAUCGGCUACCAGCAGCGCUCCGACUCCGUGCUCAUGCGGCUGCUGGGACGGAGCUACCGGCUGGAGGAUGCGGCCUUCUACGCCGCCGGCCUGCUGGCAGCCAUGGCGGCGGGCACCAGCCCCGCCACCGCACGGGCCAAAGUGCCGGUGAUGGCGGUGAUGGGCGCGAGCCUGCUGGGUGAGCGCCUGCUGCUGGACCGCCUGCACCUCCUGCUGGACAUUGACGAGGCGGGCGAGAUUGUGAUGAGCCUGCCCCUGCCGGCCUGGCUGUCGCGGCUGCCCAGCAUGCCGGCCUCCCCACUGCGCCUCAACUUCAAGUGGACGGUGCGCUGGGCGGCAGUGGCGCUGGGCACGGUCAUUCUGCUCUUCUGCCUGCUCUCUUACCGCGACUUUGAGCGGGAGAGCUACAGGCUGCUGCGCCAGCUGGAGGAGGACCAGCGGCGGCGGCACAACGAGUUCCUGUCCCUGAUCAGCAGGCAGAGGGUGGAGCUGGCGGCGAUGCUGGGGAGUGCAGGCACGGGCGCGCCGCGCGGCAGCGGCAAGGCAGCCCCUGGCGGCAAGCAGCCUGCGGCAGUCGCUGCUGCCGUCCACGGGAGCCAGGGUCGAGGGGCUCUGCCAUCGAUGCUGGAUGGAGGCGAGGCUGGUGGCGGCCAGCUGGUGCCAUCUGCGGCUGGCAGGGCAGCCCCGGUUGCCCGCGGCUGGCUGGAGGCAGUGGCAGAGGCCAGUGAUGAUGAUGAUGGUGAGGAGGAGGAGCAGGCGCAGCAGGGCAGGGGGGGCUUUGGCUACGGCAAGGCCCAGCUGGCUUCCGUGGCCCCUGCAGCCUGGGGCGCGUCACCGGGCGCUGUGGCCACGCCCGCCGGCAAGGCUGGCACAAAGGCGGCGGCUGGUGGCCGCCCAUACCAGCCACCCCCUGCACGCCAGGCAGCAGCCGUGCCGGCAUCCCGCAAGCGGGGGCCCAGCGGCGAUGUCGAGGCUGGUGCCGCGGCGGGCGGCGGCCCGGCCAAGCGCAGGGCAGCUGCUGGUCGGCGUGCCAGCCAGUCUGACGAUGCUGUCGAGGCAAUGGCGGUGGAUGAUGUGGGAGAGCGCAAUCAGCCGGCGCCAAAGGGCGCUGCAGAGCGGCGGCAGGGGCGAGGCAGGCGGGCCCGCAGAGGCUCGGCAGACGUGGCGGCAACUGGCGGGAGCAGUGGAGCCGCGCCCCUGCGGCGGGGGCCUGAGGGCGGCCGCACGAUGGCGGCCCCUGCUGGCGAGGUCACUGCGGCCCUGGAUGCCGGGGAGUUUGUGGAGACGGUGGCGGAGCAGACCAGCAAAGACAUCUUCUCCGUCUACGAGUGCCGCUCCGCGGCCGCGCGGCACGGCCACCCGCACCCCGGCGACAUCGCCGAGCCCUCCAGCCUGUCGGCCAUCCCGCUGCCGCCCUCGGACUACCCGCUGUGGGACGCGCUGGGCGGCGUGGCGGCCGCCGGCAAGCUGAGCUGCCUGCAGCUGGAGGGCGUGCUGUAUGCGUGCACCAAGCACCUCACCUGGCUGCCCUCGGGAGAGCGCUGCGGCUUCUUCAUCGGGGAUGGCGCGGGUGUGGGCAAGGGGCGGCAGAUCGGCGGCAUCAUACUGGACAACUACGCCCGUGGCAGGCGCAAGUCGGUCUGGGUGUCCACCAGCACAGACCUGUAUGCAGACGCCACCCGCGACCUGCGAGACCUGGGCUCACACAUCCAGGCAAGGCAUGGGGUCAUCCAGAAUGCGCAGGCGCUGGACAGGGCCAACAGCACUCCGCAGGAGGGCUGCCUGUUCCUCACCUACUCCACCCUCAUCAGCAACGUGAAGGGCAAGUCGCGGCUGCAGCAGGUGGUGGACUGGGUGGGGGGGGGCGCCUUUGAUGGGCCCAUCGUGCUGGAUGAGUGCCACAAAGCCAAGAACCACGUCCCCGGCAAGGAGAAGCAGAGCACCCGGGUGUCCACCUGCGUGCUGGAGCUGCAGGCGAUGCUGCCCCGCGCGCGCUUCGUCUACUGCUCCGCCACCGGCGUGUCGGAGGUGGGCAACCUGGGCUACAUGCAGCGGCUGGGUCUGUGGGGCCCUGGCGCCGCCUUCCCCUCCUUCCAGGCCUUUCUGGACAGCAUGAAGCGGCGGGGCAUCACCUUCCUGGAGCUGCUUUCCAUGGAGCUCAAGGGGGACGGCCUGUACGUCAGCCGUGGCCUGUCCUUCAGGGAGGCCGAGUUUAUUGAGCUGGAGUGCAGGCUGAGCAGCCAGCAGGUGGAGGCGUACGAUGCGGCGGCGCGGCUGUGGCAGGACCUGCGCCACGCGCUGGUGCAGGCCGUGGCGGCCACGUGCAGCGACAAGGAUGUGUGGAAGCCGUUCUGGGCGGCGCAGCAGCGCUUCUUCAAGCUGCUCUGUGAGCGGGCGCCCUGCCUUGGACACUGCGGCGUCAGCAUGAAGGUUGGUGCGGUGGUGAGGGAGGCCAAGGCGGCACUGGAGGCGGGGUUUGCAGUGGUCAUCGGCCUGCAAAGCACGGGCGAGGCGGCGGCGGACGCGCUCAGCCUGCAGCCGGGCGACGUGUGCGGGUUCAUCUCCACCACCCGCCAGCUGCUCCUCAACUUUGUGGAGCAGCACUUCCCCACCACGCUGGCCCUGGAGGAGCAGCAGCAGCAGCAGCAGCAGGAGCAGGGGGGCUGGGAGGAGGGCGGGCAGGGCGGCAGCGGCCCGCCGUCGGGGCGGCAGCAGUCGGCGGCGGCGGCGGCGGCGCAGCGGGCGGGCGAGGAGGAUCCCACCAGCGUGGAGCUCAAGGCCGGCAUGCUGGAGCGCAUAGCGGCCCUGGACCUGCCCCCAAACUUCUUGGACCAGCUGGUGGACGAGCUGGGCGGCCCUCAGCGCGUGGCGGAGAUGACGGGGCGCAAGGCGCGGGUGGUGCGGGAUGGGCGGGGGCGGGGCGUGUACACGCUGCGCGCCAGGCCGGACAGCAGCGAGAUGGACAGCCUGAACAUACGGGAGAAGCAGGAGUUCAUGGAGGGGCGCAAGCUGGUAGCCAUCGUCAGCGACGCCGCCUCCACCGGCAUCUCGCUGCACGCCUCGGCGGCCUCCAGGAACCAGCGGCGGCGGGUGCACCUAACCAUAGAGCUGCCCUGGUCGGCAGACAAGGCUAUCCAGCAGCUGGGCCGCUCCCACCGCUCCAACCAGGCCUCCGCACCCAUCUAUAAACUGGUCUUCACGUCUGUGGGCGGCGAGCGUCGCUUUGCGGCGGCGGUGGCGCGCCGGCUGCAGAGCCUGGGCGCCCUGACGCGCGGCGACCGCCGCGCCGCCAGCGGCCUCGACCUCUCGGAGCUCAACUUCGACUCGCCGCUGGGGCGCAAGAGCCUGCGCAAGAUGUACGACUUUUUGGUGCUGGAGUCGCCGCUGCUGCCGCCGGGGGUCAGCCUGGGUCCCAUCCUGGAGGGGCUGCCGGCGGAGGAGGUGGAGGGGUUUUUGCCGGUACCGGAGGACGGGCGCGUCACUGCGGCAGCCAUGGUCGCCGCCAUCCAGCGCCUGCAUGCCCGGCUGCGGGCGUGCGUGGACCUGAUGGGCAUCGGUCUGGCCAGCCCGCGUGGCGACACGGUGGCAGAGGACACGGCGGCGGCGGGUGCGGCCGGCGGCAAGGAAGUGGGGGACGUGAGGCGCUUCCUCAACCGCCUGCUGGGGCUGGCCGUGUGGCGCCAGAACCUGCUGUUCAACUACUUCCAGGCCACGCUGGGGGCGGAGAUACGGGCGGCCAAGGCGGAGGGCAAGUACUUUGAGGGCGUGAGCGACCUGCCUGGCCAGGACAUCGCGCGGAGCGGGGAGCCGCAGGAGCUGUGGGUGGACCCGCUGACCGGCCUGCCCACGCUGCGCCACGACCUGACCAUAGACAGGGGCAUGAGCUUCCAGGCAGCUGCCGCGCGCCUGCGGCAUGAGCGCUCGGCACAGGGUGAUGCCGGCCCCAACAGCCCUUCAAACACGUACAUGUGGGGCCUGUUCCUCUACUCCCUCAGCACCAUUGCCGGCGCCUCCACCUCUGUCAUCGUGAAGCUGCUGGGCGGCGUCGGCGGCAUGCCCGCCAUGCAGCUCGUGCUCGUGCGCAGCUGCGUGCUGGUGGCAGUGUGCCUGCCGCACCUGCGCCACCCAGCCGCCCGCAAGCUGAUUGCCGAAAGGCACGACUUGCUGUUUGUGCGGGGAUGCCUGGGCUUCUGCUCGGUGGCGCUGAUCUACUGCGCCGUGCGGCUGCUGCCUCUGUCCGUGGCCAUAGCGCUGGCCUUCCUGGCGCCCGUGCUGGUGGCGGCGCUGUCGCCGCCGCUGCUGCACGAGCGGCCGCCCCGCAGCGUGCUGGCGGCGCUGGCCCUGGCGGCCGUGGGUGCGCUAGUGGUGGCGCACCCGCCCUCCCUGGGCAUGCUGCUGCCGGGCAGCGAGCUGCACCGCGCGGCGGACAGGCCCAGCGGGCUGGGCGUGGCGGCGGCGCUAGGCCACGCGGCGACGGCGGCGGGCGCCAAGAUCACUGUUCGCUCGCUGGGCAUCGGCACCACCAGCCGCCACGUGGCGGGCGUCAUCGUGCUGUCGGCCGGCCUGGUCAGCGCGCUGGGCGCGGGCCUGGUGUGCCUCCUGCAGCGCAGCUUCGUGCUGCCCGCGCAGGCGUCGCAGUGGUGGCUGCUGGCGGCGGUGGGCGUGGUCGGCUACCUGCACCAGCUGACGAUGACGGCGGGCCUGCAGCGCGUGCCCGUCUCCACCGCCUCCUCCCUCACCUACCUCAGCAUUGUGUGGAGCCUGGCCGCCGACUACUUUUUGUUUCACCACCCGCCCGCCGGCAGCAGCAUGCUGGGCGCUGCCGCCAUCGUGUGCGGCGGCCUGAUGGUGGCCAUGUGGCGCAUGCACACCGGCUUUGAUGCCGGCAGCGGCGGCGGCGCCAGCAUGACGCAGAGGGAGCAGCUGGCGAUCCUGCGCAUGUAG